ACAAAGGGUACUUCCCAUAAUUCCACUAUAAAUAUGUGAAGGUGUCAGUCACUGGCCUUCAGUUUUGCAAUGUCAACCCUGUUUCUAGUUGCACUGAUGGCUCUGGCCAUUGUCCAAAACUCAGCCAUGUCUGAUGAUUUUAACCAACUCUUCCAACCCAACUGGGCUCCAGAUCACAUUUCCACUGAAGGUGACCAGAUUAAACUCACACUGGACACAAUUUCUGGAUGCGGAUUUGAAUCCAAGAAAAAGUACUUAUUUGGAAAAGUGAGUAUGCAAGUGAAGCUGGUUGAAGGUGAUUCAGCCGGAACAGUCACAGCCUUAUAUAUGGCAUCAGAAGGGCUUAACCAUGAUGAACUAGAUUUUGAAUUCCUGGGAAAUGUGUCUGGAGAACCAUACCUUGUUCAGACAAACGUUUAUGUGAACGGGACUGGAAAUAGAGAGCAGAGGCACACGCUUUGGUUUGAUCCCACUGCUGCCUUCCAUACCUACUCUUUCCUCUGGAAUCGCUAUUCCAUUCUAUUUCUUGUGGAUGAAGUCCCAAUUCGGGUAUUUGCAAACAAGGAAGAAAAUGGUGCACCAUACCCGAAAACCCAAGCCAUGGGGGUCCAGGGCUCGGUGUGGAAUGCAGACGACUGGGCCACACAGGGAGGGAGGGUGAAGACCAAUUGGAGCCAUGCCCCAUUUGUCUCAACUUUUAGAGGCUUUGAGAUUGAUGCUUGUGAGUUGAGUCCUGAGACAGAUGAUAUUGCUAGUAGUAAGUGUGGAAGAGUAGGGGAGUUUUGGUGGGAUAAGCCGAGGAUGAGUGGGCUCAAUAGGCACAAGAGCCACCAACUCAAGUGGGUUCGUAGAAGGCACUUGGUGUAUGACUAUUGCAUGGAUAGUGGGAGGUUCUAUGAAAUGCCUAGGGAGUGCAUUGUUUGAUCUACCUCUCUUAUGAUCUCUUCCAAUAUAUUUGAAAUAAUACGGACUAGGAAAAUUCCAAGA